AUGCCACCCCGGUUGAAACCUUCGUCCCUCCUCCGCCUGCAGAGAGCGUCUCUCCGGGGCGCGCGUUCAGCAUCAGCACCGCCAGUAUCGCGAUUCCAACUCCGAUCAAUUCAAGCUCUUACUCUCUCACGGCAGUUCAUUUUUACCUUCAGAACAACCCUCAGCAUAAACAACAGCAGCGCCGCCACUCGCCGCCCCUUCUCCUCCACACCCGCCUCGUCAUCCCCAGUAUCGUCAACAGGGAAAUCACAGGCAGAUCUUAUUGUUGAGGAAUUGCAGGAACUCUACGAAACAGCAACCGACGAACUCGAAAUCGCCACCGAAUCCACGGACAGCGCGACCAUCUACGCAGCGAGCGACCGCGAGUCGGCGCGCGAUGCAUUGAAUACACUUGUUGCGGCGUUUGAGCUUUACACGACUGGCGCUGCGCCCGAGGCGCAGGCUGGAGGGCCACACGGAGAGGCGGAAGGAGAAGGGAAUGGAGAGCCGGGGAGGCUGGUUGAGCUGGCGAUUGACCCGGCGGAUGUGCCGGAUAGUGUGAGGGAGGAGGUGAGGAAGAGGGUUGGGCAGCGGGUUAGGGAGGUUAAGAGUGCAGUUGAGAAUUUGGAGGGGAGGGCUCAUGAUUAA